GCUUAGUGUUACCUGUGUGUGUGUGUGUGUGUGUGUGUGUGUCUCUUCUAUAACCUUAUUCCAGAAGCUUAUGCCACACUGUCAAUGUAUGUUAAGCCCCCACCUUGCCUGUGUUUAUUUAUUUACGUUAACCUGAGCCAGCGUGUGCCAGCUGUCACUACCAUGAGCGUUUCAUUUCGCUUUCUAAGGCCCAUGAUAUUUAAUACAACCCGCUCAAUGGAGGAACCAGCAGGCCACUGGCUCCAUGUUGGCUCCGGGUGUGCGUCCGCUUCAGGGUCUUCAGGGUGUUAACCAAGAGCCAACAUGGCCGUCGCGGAUGCUUCAGUUUCAGUCAUUGUCGGAGCAGCCAAUCGGAUUGAUUUGCGCGCUUGGCAGCACGGGAGGAUAGAGAGCAUGGGGAAGAGGAGGCAUGUGUCUGAUGGGGGGUCUGGUGGGCAGUUUAUCCUCGGAUCUAUUCAAAGUGGAACUGACAGCCGGAGCCUCUCUUGUCAGGUAAUGCUUCUCAAUAUCUAUCAUCUUUGCAUCAAAGCUGCCCUCACAAAUAUUUUCUACCAUUUACAUCAUCUUGUUUUACACAAGUUCAUUCAUUACUCGAAGCUGUGCUGCGUGUAAACGCUGUUAGAUGACAGCGCAUGUGGUUUGUGGUUUUGUAGUAAACCUGCUGUGGGAAGCUUUGACAGUGGAUUAUGUUUCACUGUCCUAGUGUGAUUAGUUAUCACCUGUUCAACAGUUCUGCUUUAGAUCUUUGCAUGAACCAUGAAAUAAAAGAUCCUCUUACGUAUUCAGACUGAGCCGCUGCCCUGUGCUUACACCUGUCUGUGGUAAUGCUGUGUCACAACCUGACUCGACAGCUUUUAUAAGGGAUUUGUUCAUUCUCCAGAAAAGUGUACUUGUCUUGCUUUUUCAGUGUUUGUGGAAGAUGCUCUGCAACUUUUUUUGAAAUUAUUCUGUAUCUGCAUGUGUGAUUUUGUGCAACAUACAUUUCUAAAGUCUUUCAUUUAUUCAUCUAUACUUGUCAUUCUUGUUGUUUCCCAGGUUUCUCUGCAGGAUGCGAUGAUUGAGCAGCAGGUUCCCCCUCCUGACUCACCAUGCCCGUCUCCAGCGAUGAACCCAUCUGCCCCAAGUUCCAGCCCAACAUCUUUGACCCCUCCCGCUGCCACGACUGCCUGCGCCAGAGGCACCUGCACGCUGGAGCUGGCGCAGGGGGGAGCGCCGAGGCAGCAGUGCCACAGCAGAAAUCCACAGACGAGACUGGAAUCGGUGCUAAAAUAAACGGGACGGACACUGGGAUUGGACCGGACAAGGGAGUGUUUUUAACGCCGAUCCCAUCCCAGGCGGAGGAAAGAGACACCAGCAGCAAGGAGGAUUCUGAUGGUGUGUCGGUGGUGAGCAGCUACUGUGAUGUCAACGGAGGCCGUCUGGGUUAUCAGGAGAGCUCUUUCUGCAUCCUGAGCCCCGACUGUGAGCUUUAUAUCUGUGACGGCGACGACGACGACGACAGCACUGACAGCUGUCGUGACCAGAGCGACUACCAAGAGUUCAGCAGCUCCGUCAGUGCAGACGACGAAUACCUGCCGAUCCGUCGCCGUUCGACCAAAUUCGACAUGACCCGGCUCGACCCUCCGCCCCACCGACCCAACCCUCGGGCUUGGAUGGAUGAAGACCGGGGCAGAGACAGCUUCAAUAGUCGAUCAGGGUCAAAAGAAGAUAGAGAGAAGCGUGAAAGUGGCUACUUCUCGCUGGGGAGGGCAACGGGUUCCCGUUUACUCCAUGACAACAACCCUCCCACUCCUUACCGCCAUUUUGAGAGAGGACAUCCCAUCUACAGCAGCAGGAAUGUAGAGCCCAAAGACACUGUCCCCUUCAGAAACCCUAAUCUAGGUGUUGCCUCUGAAAGGCAGAUAACAGAGCCUCUAACUGAGGAUCUGCCCAUAGAAAUCCCACCUCCUGACCCCUAUGAAAUUGCAGUGGAAGUUGAGGCACAGGUCGGCCCCCGCUCUCCCAGUCCUACUCCUUUUAAGAUCGCAGAGUCGUUGGCCUCCACUGGGCGAAAAGGUUUCAACAGUUCAUAUGGCCGGGGCCAGUCAGGACGUUUUGAUUCUUCAAGGCAAGGCUCGGCUCUGCAAUCUCGCUCUUCUUCUCCCACACGUGGAAACUUACCGUUCAGGCGCAGUGAGUCCACUGCGUCCCUCAACAGGAAUAACUUUGAUGGCGGAGGGCGGACUCAGGGGACGGAGCCAGGAUCCAGAAGCGCUUUGCAAGGCACACAUGGGCGACGUGUUGAGUCAGGAACUCUGCCAAGAAACUUUAAAUCAUACACUAGUUCUGUCCAAUCCCAGCCCAGCACCGUUUCAGAUUUUAGGAGUGCCUUGAGAAAAUCAGAAGUAAACGGAUCUUUGACUGGUCGAGGUCGUGACAGCAGAAGCUCAUCUCCCCCAAGGAGGGACUAUAACCCUACAGGCCAAACGUCUCUUCGUAAAACUGAAAUCACCAGCAGUUCUUCAAAUCUACUUGGGCGUGACAGUCGUACUUCGCCUCCAUCCAGGAGAACUUCUACCAGUGUGCGUGACAGUCACAGUUCCCCGCCGCCAAGGAGAAAUUACACCUCGUCUAGCCAAUCCCUCUUGCGUAAAUCAGAAUCAAUUUUGUCUCUAAGCGGACGUAGUCAUCAUGGACGGUGUGGCUCACCCAUAAGAGAAGGCUAUGAUAUUGAAAGCCAGGCUUUAUUACGUAACCAAACAGCUAGGAAUGGACUAAAUGACGAAGAACAUGAAAGUCCCACACUGUCUCCAUCCAGACGAGAUUACGACACAACUCAAUCUGUGCUCCGUAAGACUCAAUCAAGCCCUGUCGGCGUCAGUCGAGGUCGUGGCGACAGCCGUAGUUCCUCUCCUGGAAGGAGAGGCUAUGAAACCCCAACUCAGUAUCAGCUUAGGAAAACAGACACUAGUAGUUCUUUACAAGGUCGUAAUCGUGAUAGUCGUAACUCGUCCCCUUCAAGGAGAAGCUAUGACUCUCCUUCUCAGUCUCUGCUACGCAAGUCUGAAGUAAACAGCUCUGUCAGAGGUCGUGAUAGCCAAAGUCGAAGCUCGUCCCCUUCGAGGAGAAGCUAUGAAGGUCCUUCUCAGUCACUGCUGCGCAAGUCUGAAGUAAACAGCUCUGUCAGAGGUCGUGAUAGCCAAAGUCAAAGCUCAUCCCCUUCGAGGAGAAGCUAUGAAGGUCCUUCUCAGUCUCUGCUACGCAAGUCUGAAGUAAACAGCUCUGUCAGAGGUUGUGAUAGCUACAGUUCGUUGCCUUCGAGGAAAAGCUAUGACGCUCCUGAACAGCGCACAUUGCGGAGAACAGAAACUAACACCUCCCUUAACAGCAAGAAUCACAACAGCCGCAACUCCAGCUCUUCUCCCACUAUACAAGGCAACAAUGAUCCACCGGGCUACUCAAUCCUCAGGACUGCCACUAAUGGGGACUCCAGCCGUUCCUUUCAAAGAAAAAACACGUACCACGACUCCAAACCUGACUACAAUAACUCACCAACCUCUUGCCGAGAAUCGACUCAUUCUCAACGCGGUUCCUCGUUAUCUCGUCCUUCUUCGCCCCCUAGACCGGCCACAAUCGGCAGCAGAACAGCUUUCGCCACCUUGGAAACACCCAGGAGCCAUGGAAGUAUCAGAUCUGGGGUUGGUAGACAUGGUCGUGAGGACCGCUGCCCAUCCCCUAGUGACAAGAGAUCCUCCCGCCAUGCAAAGAGCCCUUCUCCUCCACCCCAGAUUCAAUUGCGCAGGCACACCUCCUCCCAGAGCUCCGUGGAGUCCUCAGAGUCGGGCCCACCGUUGUCGGGUUCCACGGGGCGGAACAAGGAGGAGUAUGCCAUGAUAGCAGACGUGCCGAAGGUCAAAAUAAUCCAUCAGAAAGACGAGGUGGGCUACAUGGGGCGGCCUCAGAACCAGCAGCCCUCGCGGAGGCAGGAACUCUUUAAACCAGCCAGCCACUCCCUGAGCAAGCAUCCCUCCAGAGAGAGGCUCGAUACAGGGGACACAGAGAGAGACUGGAACUACGGUGGCAGUGGGUAUCUAUCUCGAGCUCACUCCUCCACCUCACUGCAGAGGUCUGGCAGUCCUUCAGCAGAUGAGGGCAGUUCUUGGAAAGGUAAUCACCACAGAACAGAACAAAUGCAGGUAUGUGACACAGUGUGUGUUUACAGUACAUGUGUGCACGCUCACUAUAUGUAUCCACGUGGAAACAACCUCUGUCUCGCUGUGCCAUAUGGAGGCAGAAGCUACAGCUGUUUUUCCUGUUAUCACAAACAUAAUAAACCCUGUAGUACACAUGGUUCAAUACAAGUUUAUUGGCCUAUUUCAAUAUCUUCCCGUUACAUAUUUACUAGACAUGCUGGCAGCGUGUCCAGUGUUCACACAGAUCUUGUCUAUAAUAGAAAGUCUUUUAUGUACUUGGCACCCUAACCUGUCGUAUCUACAGUAUCUCUGGGUCUUUUAACGGCUCGUUGUUGCUGUGUGUGUGUGUGUGUGUGUGUGUGUGUGUGCGUGUCUAUAGACUUCACCUACAGCCUACAGGCAUUUCAUAAGACUGACUGAGCUUUGUCGAUUGUGGUCUGCUGGGGCAUGUGUUGAAAUUCCUGAACUGAAACCAAUAGCUACCAAGAGAGGGAUUUUGGAGGGGAGGAGGGUGAGGUGAAGGUGGGAGGGGUGCCGCUGUGUUUGCAAGCUUAAAAUAUUUCCAGUGAAGAAAAUAUCGUAAAUACCUUAUCGUGAAAUAUUUCGUCCUUCUUCUUAAUAGGAGAAAACAUGAGCGACGUGUAGCAUUGGAUUUAUAGAUUUAAU